AUGGCCUUUAUACAAUGUGAGUUAUAUAUCUUGCUGACUGACUUUAACGGGCGUGAUGAAGCCCCUGACCUCCGCAUAUAUGAAAGCUUCUUCGCACUCCCCAUUGUUAUGUUUAGCAACAUCAAUCAAUAUCCGAGUCGACACCCCCUACCUCGCCAGAAUCGAAGUGACACUGUCGUGCCCGCUACCCUCUGGCAUCACAGAAUAUCCUCCCAGUCAGUCCCAUUGCUGCUCACAUCAAGCGGCUCAAUUAUGACGGGACCCGAUUUCGCCACUAUGGGCGCAACCCUGGACCAAAUUAUCAACGACCGAAUCGAGAACAUCGAGUCUGCGCUUAUGCAGGUUGUGGGUGUUACUGCAGAGCAGCCAUGUGUCCCCUUCCAGUGGGGCCAUGGCCCAAGGAGCUCCUGUAUGGUUCUUGAGGAUGAUUCAGACUUGACUGCAUGCGCAAGAUGUUGCUUUGGGGACAACGACAUAAGGUGCACUCCUUACCAGCCACCUCAUCCGGACAAAGCAGAAAGGGAAUGCAGAGACCGGGAAAUUGAGUGGCUCCAGAACCGAAUCACCGAAAUCAACCUAGCCCUUGAUGAAAUCAGCAAAACGAUGAAAGUCCCACGUGAGGCUACUCAGCGCAACAUGGCUGCUGAUGAGACCCGUCAAGCAAUGAAAGUGCUCGCUGAGACUGCACAGUUCCAUAAUCGCCAAGUUUCCCAGGCUCGGGCCGAUAAUGAGUUACUUCACUAG